AUGGCCGGUCAAGCAUUUCUUCUUCCACUGUUUCUCCUGAUAAGCCUUACGUGUGCUUUGCUUAUUAGCUGCACUACAGCUUCUGAUGAUGAUCAAAAGGUAUACAUUGUGUACAUGGGUGACCGUCCAAAAGGCGAUUUCUCGGCAUCAUCUCUUCACAUUAGCAUGCUGCAAGAAGUUGUGGGCAGUAGGGCGUCCGAAUCUCUACUUCACAGCUACCAGAGGAGCUUUAAUGGUUUCGUCGCAAAACUAACGGAGGAAGAAAGGAAGAAGAUAGCAAGCAUGGAGGGUGUAGUGUCUGUGUUCCCCAGUACAAAGAAGCAACUUCAUACUACAAGGUCUUGGGACUUCAUGGGCUUCCUUCAGUCAGUUGGAAGAAAAACUGCAGUUGAAAGUGAUAUUAUUGUGGCUAUGCUUGACACUGGAAUAUGGCCCGAAUCUGAUAGUUUUGAUGACUCAAAUUUUGGCCCACCUCCAAGUAAAUGGAAGGGCACUUGCCAAUCCUCAGCUAAUUUCACUUGCAACAACAAAAUCAUUGGAGCUAGAUACUAUCGAAGUGAAGGAAAAGUAGGUAAAGAAGAUUUUGAUUCACCAAGAGACUCCGAGGGCCAUGGCACACACACAGCAUCUACAGCAGCCGGAGGCCUAGUAAGCAACGCUAGUUUGCUGGGCCUCGCCAUGGGAACCGCCCGUGGAGGUGUUCCUUCUGCCCGCCUUGCCGUCUACAAGAUCUGUUGGUCCGAUGGCUGUUCUGAUGCCGAUAUUCUUGCAGCAUUCGACGAUGCAAUCGCAGAUGGAGUUGACAUAAUCUCUCUCUCAGUUGGGGGUGUCAUUCCUUUGGAUUAUUUUGAGGAUACGAUCGCCAUUGGAGCUUUCCAUUCCAUGAAGAAUGGAAUACUAACAUCCAAUUCUGCCGGUAAUUCGGGUCCUAGUCCUGGAACAAUCUCAAAUUUUUCACCAUGGUCCCUUUCAGUUGCUGCAAGCACCAUAGACAGGAAGUUUGAGACCGCAGUGGUGCUGGGUAACAAUGGAAGUUAUCAGGGAAUCUCUAUAAACACUUUUGAUCUCAAUAAUGAGAUGUACCCCUUAGUUUAUGGUGGUGCUGCGCCAAACACUACCGCAGGCUAUGAUGGAUCAACAUCCAGGUACUGCUAUCCAGGAUCGUUGGACUCCACUUUGGUGAAUGGUACAGUCGUUCUCUGUGAUCUGUUGAAUGAUGGGGAAGGAGCAUUAGGUGCAGGUGCAAUUGGUACCAUAAUGCGAGACUCAGGCUUUGAAGAUGUUGCUUUCUCUUUCCCCUUGUCCACUUCAUAUAUAACCUUGAGCGAUGGAAGCUCAGUAGCCGCCUACAUCAAUUCAACUGGGAAGCCAACAGCAACCAUUCUUAAAAGCACUGAGAUUGUAGACAAAUUAGCCCCAUUUGUAGUUUCCUUUUCAUCAAGGGGACCAAAUCCAAUUACCAGUGACAUCCUCAAGCCUGAUUUGACUGCACCUGGAGUGGACAUAGUUGCAGCGUGGUCACUAGCUACCACUGUGACUGGAAUAGAAGGAGAUACAAGAGUCGUUCCAUAUAACAUAAUCUCUGGCACAUCCAUGUCUUGCCCCCAUGCAACUGGAGCUGCUGCUUAUGUUAAAUCAUUUCACCCAACAUGGUCUCCAGCAGCAAUCAAGUCUGCUCUUAUGACAACAGCUACACCUCUGAGUGCAGUUACCAACUCUGAUGCUGAGUUUGCAUAUGGCUCCGGUCACAUUAAUCCUGUAAAAGCUACAAAUCCUGGUUUGGUAUACGACGCAGGAGAGGCUGAUUACGUAAAUUUCUUAUGUGGGCAAGGUUAUACAACCCAGAAUUUGAAACUUGUUACUGGAGAUAAUAGUAGUACUUGCACUGCAACCAAUAAUGGAACCGUUUGGGAUCUAAACUAUCCUUCUUUUGCUCUUUCUGCCAACACCUCUGUCACUCGUGACUUCCAUCGGACAGUCACAAACGUCGGUUCACCUGUGUCUACAUACAAGGCGACUGUGGUCGCUCCACCAGGACUCAAUAUCCAAGUUGAACCCAGUGUUCUUUCAUUCAAAUCGAUAGGGCAAAAAAUAUCCUUUGUUGUGACGAUCGCAGCAACACUAAGCAACGAUAUGCUAUCUGGUUCUUUGGUGUGGGAUGAUGGUGUGUAUCAACCAUUCAAGAGAUAUGGGACAAUCAGGGCAGGCACAGGUUCAAAUAAAGGAGGGAUUGGAGAAACCCCUUCUGUCGACAAAUCAAAAUCUAGCGGUGAAACUUUAAGAAAGCCGGUAGAUGUUGAUAUGUUGCCAAAAGACAAGCAAUAUUCGACAAAGUCUCAACCUUACCUGCUGGAGGCUCAGCAAAAACAACCCGGACCUAGAGCAUCUUGGAACCAGGUCCUUAAAGAAGGACGAGCAGCUAACCACUCAGCCAAUUAG